GUUGAAAGCCGAGGGCAUCCUAAGCCUCGGCGCCAUCCUGAAGAAGUCUCGGACGCUCGUGGUGGUCUGGGACCCAUCCUAUCUCUCCAGGCUAUGGUGUGUGUUCGAGCUUGCUGCGUUUCUCCAUGCUCAUCGUGAAGACGCUCAGACCGGCUUGGUUAUCAAGCCCACAGUCUUGGUACCCAUGACCUUCCUCAUGGUGAUGACCACUGCGAUCAUACUUCUUUUUGAGACCUGUCUUCCUGAUACAGAUGAGGUUGCCUUCCUGCGGAUACUCCUGUUUGUCUUGUCUCAGUUUCCCAACAUCUGGCUAAUUCAGAGACUCUGGCGAAUUGUCAUGGAGGCGGAGAAUCAAUUUGGCACCUUCAGCUUUCAGAAGGUCACGUGCUACUGCUGUUCCUCAAAUCACCAGGAUUUACGAGGCAACACCAUUCCUUGCGAUAAGGAGCCUUGGCCUUGGCUAGCUCUGUCUUCAAGGUUCGGCUGUUCUCUACGGGAAAAGAGACUUAGGCUUAGACUUGUCCUGCAUGCUUUUACCCAAGGAGAUUCUCGAAGGUUGCAUCGUUGA